AUGCGUCAAAACAUUAUCUGUAGAUAUCGAUUCCAAAUAUUGUGUCACCCUAACGUGCAUACCUUUCCAUGAACCAUGAACACUUAAGCACUUGUGGGUGGCGGUGAAAAUGUAAACUUUUUUCGCCUAGCCAUUGAGUUUUCCUUGCGUAGGCUAGGUUGCGGUUCGUCGGCAUCGCAAUUAAAAACUUUUAAAUACUCGCAACGAUGAUAUUGUGUGUGCGUUAAUCUGAUUAGUGCAACUUCCGGGCGGAACGUACUGCCGAUGUUGGAUUGUGGCGUUGGCGAAAAAGUGUCCACAAUGAGUGACCAGGACGAUCCGCUGGCUCAGCCGCAGACAACUCCCCGCAGCUCACUUGGAUCGGGUGUGCUAUCGUACAGUAACUCGUCAAUAUCACCUUCAACCAGCUCUAGUAGUUCGCAAGGAUCAGCUAAAUCGGCCGUCAGUGAGUGCUUGGGAGCAUGGCUAAACUACCUGCAGAUUAUGAACAAUCUGUGUGUUGCUGGGCAUCGCUUAGCCCAAGCAAUAGCAGCAUUAGAACCGUGGGCUAGCUUCGACCAAUCAUCGCAGCAGACAGGUGGUAGCCAACAGCAACAACAACAACAACAAUCGCAGCAACCAUUCAUUCCCUCGCAGAUUCCUUCGCAUAUGGCCUUCCAGUUCAUUACGGCUUGGGAUGAUCUGGCACGAGCAUCGGUCGUAGCAACCAGCACAGUGAAAUCUCAUAUUGUUAGUGUACUGCAGGACUUUAAAACGCAGCCUUCGAGUUCAGUUGACCAAGAAAGCGAACUGCUACAUAUCAGAGAGUACAAUCAACUGAUACUCCAGGAUAAUGCUCAAACUAUGAUAAAUCUACAACAUCAGUUCUGUGUGGCUUCCUGUGACUCCUUCGCACAACUCAUGUGCUGCUAUCAAUGUCAAACUCAGGUGGGAUUUCCUCAUGAUCCGGAAUGCCCUAUGGUGCAACACCCAAUGUCUGCAGCGGCCACAAUUGCCAGGAGUGAUCAGCGCUCUCAGACUCCGUCGCCCCAUUUCGGAAUGAAAAUGCAAGAAGCUCGCUUGUACGACCGAGGAUCUAUAUCUACUCAGGGUUCGUCCGAUCAUGGAACUACAGCCUAUGAACAAACACGUGGACCUUCGCCACAUGAUAUUCGGGGACCAAGCCCUAUCCAAGGGUAUCUAGACAACAUAAGAGGACCUUUGCCAAAUCCGGGACACCUGUCCGGUAUGAAAGCACCUUUCUACCGUGGUUCACGGAGUCCUCUUAACUUUCCCCUUUUCACGCUAAACGGUCAACGUCGAUGGUCGGAGGCUGCAGCCGGAGAAGUGAAUUCCGAAUCGGCGCUGGAUGCCGAGAGCCAAAUGCGACGAUGGUCGAUGCCUUGGGAGGCCAAAGCGGAUAAAUCGACCGUCCACUGGAACCAAACUCGAAUUAUGCCCAUAUCGAAACUUGCCGUGCCACAGCAGUCCGGUGGAGGACAGAAGUCUUCUACCGGAGAUCGAAGCCAAAGCACAACGCCCGACUCGACGUGGCACUCGUCGGUCACCAGCCAGGACGGUUUGGUGGAAGCGAUUCAGCUACUGUCAUGUCGGCCCAUUUACCGCUUACCACCGAUGCCACCGCCCAGUAUCGGUCCUCCGUUUGUCGAAGAACCUUGUAGCGGUGGUGGGGGACCCCAACAACAGCAGAUGAUACAACAGAACUUUUCGGCAAAUCCCGGCCUGUAUGGAAUAUGGACCCAGCAGAAUCCACCGAGUGCGAUGCUUCGCCAGCAGUCCAUGCAGGAACGUGCCGUGCCCCCGUUUAUGCAGUACAUCCGUGAACAGGAAGGCUCUCUAGAUGAAAAUCCACCGGCUUAAAGUCAGGUGAAACCGCUUAGAUAUUAAGGUACGUUGUAGGGACUGAGUGAGAUGCAAAGUGCUGGGAUACUAUUUCUUUUGAAGAAUCAUAAACCAAGGAAACUAGCAUUCAUCGUCAAACAUAAACUUUGGUUCUCAACUUAACGGAUGUGUUUACAGUAAUAACAGGAGUGCAAAGUAAAUAAUGCUUGCACAUUGCGUAAGGUUUAACGCCCCAACCUCAUGGACACGGUCUAGAAGUUUCAGUCUUCUGACUCCUGUGAGUUAGAGGGACAGCUUCGAAACAUAAUACUAGGUAUUUGUGCUUUCCCUACAAUUUUGUCAAAGAAUAUUGACAAUAUAUAUAGAUGUUUUUCUUUGCUUACUUCUCCGUGAAGGAGAGUGGAACCAUCUCAGCAGGGCUCCAAUUUUGGGCACUUUUCUGCUAUAACUCAGCCAAUUUUGAACCUAUAGUGGUUGGAGUCUAUAAUGGCACCACGAUAAUGUCGGAGAAGUGCCGUCCGUCAAUCAGAACGUUAUCAAUUUGCGAUUCCGUCUGCUGUGGUGAUAUCCAGGUGUAACGACGUGACGGUGUAGUACGUCACGCUAAAAAUAAGAAUUUUGGACCCCCCUCCCCUCUUUGUACGGGUUUUUCCUAUACUUAAUACAUUACUUGUCACACUUUUCAGAACCUCCCCUCCCCCCUCUAAGCGUGACGUACUUAAUGGAUGCCCCCUAAGGUAGGUUGAGUUGGAAAAAGGUGCUACGUAUGGCCAUAUUUUGGAGACGGCGAAAUCGAUGAAUAGCCCAUUUUCGACGUGGCUUGGGCUGCAAGUACGCGUUCGAACUGCGCGUAGAAUGCGUCCUUGCCAUUAUCAAUGCUUCCGGAGUUUGGGCUGUGCACGUUGAUUACACUGAACUUGAAGAACCGGUCCUUGACCCUUGCACAUCCUGUGGGUGUUUUUUCGGGAUUUCUGAGUUUUUUUUCGGUAUUUCUACAGAAGUUUUCCCGAUAUGCUUCCAGAGUUUCUCGCUGGAUUCCUCCCGAGGAUCCUUCCAAAACUUAUCCGAAUUUCCCUUUGUAGUUUCCGACAGUUUCUCUAGCAAAAAUUCUUGCAGUACUUCUUCCAGGAUUUAUAUAUUUCUCUUGGAAUUUCUCGCGAGAUUUUGCUCGUAGUUCCUCCCGGGAUUGUGCUUAGUGGUUUUCAGAAUUCCUACUUAGAUUUCCUUCCGGAUUUGAACCCAAAACUUUUUUUUUCUGAGAUGCCCCAGUUUUUUCCAAGAUUUCUUCCGAAGUUCCUUUCUAGAUUACAAUAGGUCUUGCGUAGUUUCUUGUAAGAUUUCAAAUGGAUUCCUUGUGAUAUUUUUCCAGGUAUUUCUUAACGAGGAUUUCGUAGACAUUUCGAAAAAAAAAACUCCUGGAAUAAUCGCUGCAAGAAUUGCGGGGGCAGCUAUUAAAGAUAUCUCAGCAGGAGCAACCAGAAUCUCCGAAUAAUUUAUGUUAGGGAUUUCGGGAAGAGUUCUGGGAAAAAUCUCGAGAAAAUCUGCUCAAAAAUAAUCUCAGGAGGAUCACUGCAAGAAAUCCUGUGAACAACUACGAGGAAAAACUGGACAAAGCUCUGAAAGAAGCCACGGGAACAUCUUCAUGAGCAAUAUCAGCAAUGGCUCCUACAGAAUUCUCAGAAAGCAAUCCAAAGAAAAUCUUAGCAGAAAGUCCACAAAAACUCUGAGAAACAUCCCUGGAGCAACAUCGGAAGCAAUCUUCAGAGAGAACCGAGAGAAACUCCAAGAGAAAUCUGUGUGUUAAUAGUGUAAUUUUGGAGGAAAUUCCGGAAGGAACUUCUAAAGAAAAAUCAUGAAAAAAAAUCAUUAAGAAAUCCUUGGAGGAGCUCUGAGAGGAAUCCCGAGAAGAUCCCCUGGGGAAGUGCCAAAAGGAACACAAGUAGGAAUUGCGGAAAAUUAUCAAGAGAAAUCCCGAAAGAAACUAGGAGAAAUUCCGCGAGACGAUCCGAGAUAUUCUGAGAAAAACUCUGGUGGAGAUCUCAAAACAAAUUUCUUCGAGAAAACGAAGGAAGAACUCUGAGAAUAAUCAAACGAAGGACUUGGAGGACUUGGAGCAGUGAUGGAAAAUGAUGAGGAUUGCAGAUGAGCAGACACAAACCAAAACAAACCUACCUACUCGUGAACAGGGGCCCGAGAAUACUCGCACUUUUUUAUUCGUUAGUAAACGAUGCUGGCAAGCACUCGCAUGUGAUUCGCGAAAUUUCGCUGAGUUUUUUGCAUUUUGACGAAAAACGCAUUUUUACGACUGGCAGUGCUGCUUUACAGGAACAAUGAAGCAUAAAGCAUUAGUUUAUGAUGGAUAAUCACUGGAUUUGCUAUUACAUACAGGGUGUUAGGUUCCCGAGUGCAAACUUUUUAAAGGGUGAUAGAGGACCAUAAAUGGAGAAAAAAAUUGUUCUACGCAUAUGGUCAAAUCUCAACCGUUACGUAGUUAUUGAACUUCCCAUGUUUAUGACUCUUAUUGCCUUAACUGUCAAUAACUUGAAAAUGGCCAAACAUAUCGAAGUUUUUUUACCCUUAUUCGAAAGAUUAUUGAAUUUUCUAACAAAUGGCAUCUUUGAAUUGAUUGGUUUAGUUAAAUAACUAAGUUUUCUAGAGCAAAAUGGCUAAAAAUAGUGUAUUUUUAUUGGUUGUUGUCAAUUAUCUUUGAAACCUGCGUAAUAAAUAAAAAUUCUUUCUUUGGCAAAGUUGUGGCCCCUGUUCCACUCUACAAUUCGUUCUUUGACGCCAAACUUCUAACUCUUAUCGUUUUCUUGCAAUUUUGAUUUAAAUGUGCGGCACAAUGCGCAAAAAAGUGCUUUCCAUGACAGUUGCAAAUUUAUGAUCUGAAAUGCGAUGUUAAAAUCAAAAUUGCAACAAAACGAUAAGAGAUAGAAGUUUGGUGUCAAAGAACAAAUUGUAGAAUGUAACAGGGGCCACAACUUUGCCAAAGAAAGAAUUUUAAUUUAUUACGCAUGUUUCAAAGAUAAGGCCGGACCAAAUCUCAUUUUCUUCUUUUGUCACUUUGCUCGUUGACUUGUCAAGGGGGUGGAUAAUAAAUAAUAAAUGUAUUUGCUUGAAAAUUACUCAAACAAUUAGGCAAAAUUGUAAAACUCGUCGGAUUUGUUAAGAAAUUUUCUCGACAACUCUAACUUCAGUUCAAAAUUUUUAAAUUUUCGUAUAAUUUAUUUGUGUCCCCCCUCAAAAUUUCGAAUUCGGACCAAAAUUUUCCGAGGGAGGGGUGACAUUAGAGAAAAUCGAAAUUUGUGUCAGCCUAAUUGACAAAAACCAAUAAAAAUACACUAUUUUUAGCCAUUUUGCUCUAGAAAACUUAGUUAUUUAACUAAACCAAUCGAUUCAAAGAUGCCAUUUGUUAGAAAAUUCAAUAAUCUUUCGAAUAGGGGUAAAAAAACUUCGAUAAGUUUGACUAUUUCCAAGUUAUUGCCAGUUAAGGCAAUAAGAGUCAUAAACAUGGGAAGUUCAAUAACUACGUAACGAUUGAGAUUUGACCAUAUGCGUAGAACAAUUUUUUUCUCCAUUUAUGGUCCUCUAUCAACCUUUAAAAAGUUUGCACUCAGGAACCUAACACCCUGUAUAACCACACUAAAAUGCACUUCCUGCACCUCCACUAGUUCUUCACGAAUAAAAACUCAUGAGUGUUUUUGUUUUCCUUUUGGUUCUUACUCACGAAGCAGGCAGGUGCGAAUAAACUCACACACUGUUUAUUCUCGGAAUCGUGAGUUGUGUUGGCUUUUCACUCGCAAAUUGCUUCAUGAUGAGAACAAUUCCAUCACUGCACUGCUUUGGAGCAAUAACGGGAAAUCCCAUAAGAAGAAAUUCUGUAGGAUUCUUGUGAAAAUUGCAGGAGCGAUCGAUAGGUAUUCAGGAAUCCUGAAAGAUUCUCAAGGAAAAAUUCUAGAAAGAAUUGUUCAACGCUUGAAAAAAUGCCGGUAAGCAUUCGCAUCCUCGUAAAGAAAUCAAUACCAGAGAAAUGGCUUGAUAAAAUACGGAAGGAAUCCUGUGGGCAAUCCUGGAAGGCAUUUCUCAAGAAGUUCGAGGGAAUUUAUGGUAAGAUUCUUGUAGAGGAAUUUCUAGAUUGAUUUCAACUACCAAAUUAAUUCCGUGUCUACAUAGAAUUUACUGCAUCUUAUCGUAAUCGCCGGCUUGUCGGAUAUAUAUGCUAGAUCUAGUUUCUUUGUCAAGGUUUACCAGAUUCCUUUUUGAUUCAACUUGCUCUCCCUGGGAAGAAAGAUUGCAAUCUCAUACUUUUCCCUGAAAUCGUGAACCCUAAAUCAAGAAUGGCCCCUGUUGUCCGAAAAUCUCUCAAAUAAAAAUAUCUAUCCUUCUGCCUAUGCAAAUGUUGGAAGUUCGAGUUAUUUUUUGUUCAAUCCUCAGUUUAGUGCAAAUUCCCAAUAUUCACAAAUUGAAUGUUUAUAAAAAAGAAAAAGAUUUUCAAACUUGUGCAAUGUAAUCUCUCUUAUCAAGAUAAAGGUAGAACUUUCAUAUGUUAGGUAAAGAACAAAAUUGCUUAGCUAGUCGAGGAUGCUCUCGCUAUUAACUUAGUCAUAAUCUUAAACGAUUCGUCACUGUCUUUAAAUGUUCGCACGCCAGUCUAAAUUAUACUCGCUAUAUCCAUUUAUGCAUCUUCUCUAUUGCACGGUAAAAGGUGUCUAAAUUAUUGUUUUCGAAUGGAAUGUUUGUGAUUAGUGUGAUUGUAUCAUUGUAGUACCAAAGAGAAGCACAAACCUUCACAGGGUUUGAUGAGAAUUACGUGACUCAAAUUAAGUUGGAAUUAAGAAAAGGAAAUCUCUCACAUGAUUAAGUUCAAUCCAUCAUCUAAAAGAUAUUUUGUAAAUCAAGUCAUAAACACCUGAAAACAUAGUCACUGGUGUUAGUUAAUGUCAUUCCUCGUAAAACAAAUUUGUAUGUUUUGUUAAAUAUCGAAAAGUUGUUGAAUGUUGUAAAAGUGAGGUCCGGUCUAGACCGUAAGGAAUUUCGGUAGCUUAAGAAAUAUUUUGUAUGAAAUCGAUGUUCUUGCAAUAAAAAUUUGGUUUUCGAAAUUCAA